AUGUUAAUUCAUAGUUUGAUAUGUGGCUUAGUCAGAUGCUCAAGCACGCAUGACCCAUUCCAAGAGCAGCUGUUUGACUUCUUCGUGAACCUGAACAAGUUCCAUUUACCCGAUGAGGCAGAUGAAGUUGAUUUUACUUCGGGAGCCCCUGGUGAUUUUGAUUAUGGCUUGUCCGGUAUUGAACAAGACUCCCAGAGCAGCUUUGACAGUUAUAGCGGAACUACAUCAGAGACUAAGAUCAAAAGACCAAGAAGAUUUACAGUUGAAAUCGAGAUCACUCCAUUUUCAUGGGGAUACAUCAGCAACAGAAACUGGUGCAUCUCUGCUAGAUCGAAUGAGUACAAGAAGAAGCUGGCCUAUACUUUUGGCUCUGGUAAUUUCGUAUUCUCAUUGACUAAAGAAGAACUUGAAGGUGGAUCUGUGAUUCUAGAGACAACUAAUAUGUUCAAGACGUACUAUGGGGAAUUCUUAUUCAGGGAUGGACAGAACCAACUCAGCCUAAAGAAGGUUGAUGACCCUGAAUACAGUUACGAAAUGUCGUAUACUGUGAAGAUAUCCAAAAGAAGAAUUGUGCACCUGAAGAAAAAGAGUGCGAUGAUUGUAAAGACAAUAAAGGCAUAUACGGAAUCAAUAGCAAAUAUGGUGACAGAAAAACAUGAAACAGGGGUAUCAGAGAGUUCAAUGGAUGUGCUUAGUUACACUGGUUCUGACAAACAGGGGCUAUUUUCAAACACACUUGCAAUACGAAGAAGUGUCCUUGUAAUUAUUCAAAGCAGGUCAAUUCUAUCAAUAAUUCCAUUCAUGCGUAAAGUAAAGGUGAUAUCGGGCUUGUAUGAACAGGAAUACAAAGAGAAUGUAAACAGACUGAAUGGAUACGAGAUACUGAAUAAGGAAGAUGAAGAUAUUAACACGCUUAAGAUGGCAAAGUAUGCCUCUGCUGCAUACAAAUUAGAAAAAUAUCCUGAAGAAAAUGUGAAUUUGCUAAUAGCUGAGAAUACAAAGGCUGAAGAUGCAGUAGAUGCAAUAUGCUUAGAAGCAAAAUGCAAUAGGAGCCAAUUACUAAUGGCAAACACAUCUGGUGACUCGUAUAUUGGAUUUAUUCUGGUUGAACAUUCACCAGAUACAUUGGUAUUAGCAUUUAAAGGUACAGGUAGAAUGGAUGAAAUAGCAAAUGACAUGAACAUUGAGUACAUUAGCUCACCAUAUGGUGACUUCUACACCCACCAGGGAUUCCUGAAGUACCAAAGUGUAUUUGAGAGUAUAUGGAUGGCUGCUAUACUCGAAUAUGCUAAAAAGUACAAGAACAUUGUCAUAACAGGACAUUCAUUAGGUGGAUCUGUUGCACAGCUCUGCUAUGUCUCCAUGGUAGAGCAGAAUAUACUGGGGGAAAGGGGACUAAAACAAACAGGCAUAUCAUGUGUGUCAUUCAGUCCAGCACCAACAGUAGAUCGGGAAUGGGCUAAUAAACAACAGGGCUACAAUAUGGUAAGUUGGGUAUAUGAAAAUGAUGUGGUUCCACAGGCAAGUAAGGGAUCAGCAAUAUUCCUGAAAGUGUGUGUAGAUGAAUUAGGACGGAGCUUAAACGAACAAAGCAAGAAACAUCUGUUGGAAAAGUGUCGGGGAAUACGAAAUAACUUCAAUGAAAAAAUCAAUCCACUCUUUCAUCCAGGAAGAGUGUAUCACCUGGCAAAUGAUGAAGAAGUCCUGAAAACAAAGCAACUUGGUUUGGAUGACUUGAUUGAAAUCAAAUUGCUAUCAUCAUCAAUCAGUGACCAUGGAAUAACGAAUUUCACUACAAUUGAAUUGUAA